GAGACUGAGUAUUAGUUGGAGCUUUAGAUGGAUUACCUGAAGAAAGAGGUUCUAACUGAGGUGCUUCUGGAGCAUUUGUAGAAGGAUCUGAUGAUGUGGCUCCUGAAGCUUGCUUGUUCUUCAAAGCUUGUGAAAGCAGAGUUGCUCCAUACUUAACUGUUUCUUGUUCUAACUCAGAUGCUAAAGCAGCAAUGACAGGAGUAGGCACAUACCUUGACUUUCACCUUUUCGAUAAGGAAAAGCAUAAGCAUCUAGAUUGGAGAUUACGACUAAGCAUUGUCACUGGAAUUGCAAAAGGACUGCUAUACCUUCAUGAGGAUUCUCGACUUAGAGUAAUCCACAGGGAUCUGAAAGCUAGCAAUGUUCUUCUGGAUGAUGAAAUGAAUCCAAAAAUAUCAGAUUUUGGGUUAGCAAGGACAUUUGAAAAAGAUCAAUGUCCAAGAAAAACAAAUAGAGUUAUCGGAACCUAUGGAUACAUGGCUCCAGAAUAUGCUAUGGCUGGGUUAUUUUCGGUGAAAUCCGAUGUUUUCAGUUUUGGAGUUCUUAUAUUAGAAAUAGUGUAUGGAAAAAGAAAUGGAGAAUUCUUUCUUUCAGAACAUAUGCAAAGUCUUCUAUUAUAUACUUGGAAACUUUGGUGUGAAGGAAAAAGUAUAGAAUUAAUCGAUCCAUUUCACCAAAAGACGUACAUUGAAAGUGAAGUCUUGAAGUGUAUACACAUUGGUUUAUUGUGUGUACAAGAAGAUGCAGCAGAUCGACCAACCAUUUCCACUGUCGUUCGUAUGCUAGGGAGUGAUACAGUAGCUCUUCCACAACCCAAUCAACCAGCAUUUUCAGUUGGGAGAAUGUCCAAGAAUGAUGAUCAAACUUCAAAAACUUCCAAGGAUAAUUAUUCGGUUGAUGAAGUAACUCUAACUAUUGUUUCACCUAGAUAGUACUACGGUUCGGUUUGUGCCACAUUUGCAAAUGUUUUGAGUUCUUUUAGAGAAAGAUUUCAAGUCGAAAAUGAAGACAUACCUCUUAAAGAUGUUGAGAAGCUACCCGAAAUUUAUUUGAUGGGUGAUGAAUUGGUUGUUCGAUUAUUGGUUGAGCUGAAAAUAUUUGUCUGAUGUGUUAUUAAUUUGUAAAUAUAUUAUGCUUCAACACAAAUGUCAUUUUUUAAAUAUGGGGCCGGUUUGGAUUGACUUAUUUUUGAG